CAUCGUUCGAAUGUCCGGAAGCGACGUGACUGAAAACCGGAACCCUAAUCUACCUGCUGCCUCAUUUCGUUCCUGGCAUGAGAUAGAUAUCGAUCCCCUGAAUAUGUCCCUAGCCAGGCUCCCCACUACGCGACUUUUGAUGAAGGGCUCGUUCUCCAGUUGGUGUCACGUCAGGUCCGUCAAACGACGGUUCUUUACUUCUUGCUCCAAUCCCCAUCGCUGAUACGAAAUCUUGCUUGAUGUCCUUGUUUUCAAAUGCUCAAAGAUACACCUUGUCGUUGAUGGUCCCUCUUUCUUGUUUGCUGGUAAUGCUCCUUAUCUCUAUUUCGAAGUACAAUGUAUCAACCUCUUUGCUCUCAAAGUCUCAUUAAUCGUUUUAACACUCUGCUUCUGCCUUGUUCAAGGUCUUCGUUUCCGAGAGGCAAUUCGCAUAAUUCGCAAGCCGGGCCUAGUGCUGUUCGUUACAUCGACGCGUCUGAGCCAUCAAGGCAGCGUUAUUUCCCAGCACAAAGUUAUGUCGCGGUUUCACAACUCCAUGUGUAUAUGGGAACGAUUAGAAUCCAGGACACUCUCAAGCAAAUACCUAUGGUCGCGCGCGUUUCCCUUACGGAUUAUCGGGGCCGAAUCCUUUUAGACACCCUUGUUCGACCGACGCAUCAAGUGGAAAACUACAGAACGGAGGAAACUGGCUUCAGUCCAUCGACCUUCAUGGGCGCGCCUACUCUACAAGAGGUUCAAACACGUGUCUCUUCCAUCAUUCGAGAUAAAAUCAUAGUGGGCCAUCGUCUAUGGGACUUCUUAUCAGUCCUUGGACUGACACAUCCAGCUAUUGCAACAAGAGACCUUGCCCUAUUCCUGCCCCUGCGCCAAAAGCUAAAAUCUUCAACAGUCGUCGAACUACCAUUGCUUGUAAACUUGUUCAUGGGACGCAAUAUCGGGCUACAAUACGAGGAUUCGCUUGAAACCGCAAGAGCGGUUAUAGACCUCUUCAGAUCAUGUGAAGACAUGUUCGAAGGAUGCAUUAGAAGUGGUGAAUGGCCUUGCGAACUCCCCCCUUCUUCAUACGCCGAAUAUUUUACUUGAUAGCUUGUUCCGUGUCUGUGAUUUAUUGGUUUUUUUAUCGUAAAAUUAGUCUAAUUAUUAGAUAUAUGUAACUUCUGCACUAGUGCGACGAGAGAUGCC